GGGCGUAGACCGGCAUUUUCCCACAACACCCUGCUCCCGACACUCACAGAUGACGAAAAUGGCGGACAACUCGUCUUCGGUGGAGAUUGUAGAGGGCUGCCGCCUCCCGGUACUUCGUAAAAACCAAGAACACGAAGACGAAUGGCCAUUGGCUGAGAUUCUAAGUGUGAAAGAAGUUUCUGGAAGAACGCUAUACUAUGUUCACUACAUCGACUUCAAUAAGCGCCUGGAUGAGUGGGUCACAACAGACCGGCUGGACAUGAAGAAGCUCCAGUUUCCUAAGAAAGAAGCUAAAACACCAACAAAGAAUGGUCUGUCAGGCUCCCGACCCAGUUCACCAGAGAGAGAGGUGGUGAGUGAGAGGAGAGAUACAGAUACUGACCCCGCUUUACAGAAGAAACAGAGGAAGAGUCUAGAUCUCAACCUACAAACUGCCACACCUCCAUCCAGAGGCAAAACCCUCCCCACACCGAAGCGAAAGGUCGAGAGCGUCCCCUUGGUGCCGCAGGUGCCCCCCGCCCCCCCAGUACCCUCUCUGCCGAGUUCAACUGAAGCUUCUCAGGCGGCGGUUUUUCCUGCCGUCAGGGAGACCCCCACCUUCAAGGCCAGGGAGGAUCACGAACAGCUCUCCUCGCUCACAACCAAUGGCACUGCUCGGCGCCUUAUUCCUGCUCAGCCUGGAAGGAAGAGAAAAGCCAACUGCGGCGGCACCGAUGAGAUGAUAAAGGUUUUGCAGUAUAACAAGCCUCAAAGUGCCAGUGUCUUUCUACCACCACCAGAGGAUUCUCAGGAUAGUUCAGAUGGCAUCCCAAGUGCUCCUCGGAUGACUGGCAGUCUGGUGUCUGAUCGGAGCCACGACGACAUCGUCACGCGGAUGAAAAACAUCGAGUGCAUAGAGCUGGGUCGGCACAGACUGAAGCCCUGGUACUUCUCCCCCUACCCACAAGAGCUUACCACAUUACCCAUCCUCUACCUCUGUGAAUUCUGCCUCAAAUACCUCAAAAGCCUCAAGUGUCUCCAGAGGCAUUUGACUAAAUGUAAUUUAAGACAUCCUCCUGGUAAUGAGAUCUACCGCAAAGGCACCAUCUCAUUCUUCGAGAUUGACGGCAGGAAAAACAAAAACUACUCCCAGAACCUGUGUUUACUGGCAAAAUGUUUCCUGGACCACAAAACAUUGUAUUACGACACAGACCCCUUCCUGUUUUAUGUCAUGACGGAGUAUGAUUCCAAGGGCUUCCAUAUAGUCGGUUACUUCUCUAAGGAGAAAGAGUCAACAGAAGAUUAUAAUGUCGCCUGCAUCCUGACGUUGCCUCCCUAUCAGCGCAGAGGCUACGGAAAACUGCUCAUCGAGUUCAGUUACGAGUUGUCAAAGGUGGAGGGGAAAACGGGAACACCAGAGAAGCCGCUUUCUGAUCUUGGUCUCUUGUCUUAUCGCUCCUACUGGUCCCAAACAAUCCUAGAAAUUCUCAUGGACCUUAAACCUGAAAAUGGAGAAAGGCCUCAGAUAACUAUAAAUGAGAUCAGUGAAAUAACGAGUAUAAAGAAGGAAGACGUCAUUUCUACACUCCAGUACCUCAAUCUAAUCAACUAUUACAAGGGUCAGUACAUCCUCACUCUUUCUGAGGACAUUGUGGAUGGACAUGAGAAAGCCAUGCAGAAGAGGCACCUGCGCAUAGAUCCUAAAUGUCUUCACUUCACUCCGAAGGACUGGAGCAAAAGGGGGAAGUGGUAAAAAUCUGCUGGAUCCUCCAACCUGGACAGCAGAGCUGGUGUGUUGGACUGGAUCAACUUCUUCACUCUUGGACUUCUCUUCAGACAAACAGUGAACAUGGACUUAACUUGAGGCGUCUGAGCUUUGGUCCACCUCACUCAUUGCUUAUUGUUUUAUUGAUUUGUAAUUUACAGAAUUAUAAGAACAGUUACCAUACUCUCCACUCUGGAUAGACUCCUGUUGAUCACUGAAGUGGUGCAUUUACAGUGACUCAAGUCACUUGGUCUAAAAUUAAAACUCAGCCUGGCAGACAUUCCAGCCCUCCUGUGAUAUGAAGUGAAAGAUCUUCUGUUGUUGCGAAGAAAAUGGAAAUAAAAAAACAAAAUGCAAACCAGAAAUGCAACUGGGGAAAACAUCUAAAUCAAAAACUUGUUUUUUUAGAAAUGUUUUGCUGUUUUCUCAGACUUUUUCUUUCAAAUUUCAUUUUUUCAAACUGUAUGUUUUGUUUUUUGUUUUGUUUUUUUCCAAAAAAAUAAUUUUAACUGAUCUUAUAUCUUUUAUUAUUUUUCCUCCUAGCUUCUCUUUUUCGUGUGGAGUUUUACGAAUUGCAUUCUUUUAAAAUUCCAAUCACAAUCACACUUUAAGCCCAGUACCAAUGCUCGCUCUUGAUUUGCACACAGACCAAUAAAAAUGGUGCAAACUUCAUGCUGAAUAAAAAUGUGACUUAGCCCCUCACUCCAGAGGAAGGCCUGCCCCAUUAAGUGAAGAGACAGAUCUGUAAAAUGCUAUUAGAAAAGAAUGCAGUUAAUAAAGCUCAAGUCUGAAAGAGAAAUUAGACGGAAAAAAAACAAGUCAUUUGUUAAAAAACAAUCUUGCAACAAAAAAAAGGAACAAAAUUCACUCCAUACCAAUGGUGAGAUUUAUCAUUUUAGGACAAAGGUGAAAUAUUUAUUCUGUUGGCAAAAACUUGAAAUUGGGAUUAUUUGAUCUUUUUGUCUGCAUUUUAUCCAUAUUUUAAGUUCUAAAUAACUACCAAGUUAUUUAUCCUGCAAACACUUCAU